UAUAGUAACUGCAGUUCAUGGAUAAAAUAUUACAGUGCCUGCUGAGAAGACAACUCUGCGGCAAAUGUAAUUACAAACUAAAGUUCUCAACGUUUGUUUCUAAAACAAGCAAUGUAUUGCUACGGCCAGAUAUCCACAAAGACAUUUUGCUUGGUAAAUACAAUCUAGCAUCAAAUGCAAAAGCAAAAUUCACAUCAAAACUGUAUAGCACUGAUUCAUAUGCAACUACUGUUGAACAACAGCUUAUUAAUGAGUUCGAACUCAACCAGAAGCAAGCUGACAACUUAUUGAAAAGGUUUCCAGAACUGAAUGAUAUCUCUGCACAAGAAUUUAAAAUCAAGCGUGAUUAUUUAAUGCAUCUUGGGUUAAAGGUUGGACAGAUUAAACAAGUCCUAACAAACAGUCCAAAGAUAUUUCUCACACAUCAAUUGGCGCUUGAAAAAAGGGUGAACUAUUUGCUUGUUGAAAUUGGUUACACCAGAGCAGCAUUGGUGCAUUUGUUUUUAUCAGCACCCGCAGUGUUUAAUGAAACAACUGAAGAAAUUUAUCAGAAACAUUACUAUGUUCAUGUUGACAUGGGGCAGAGGGAAGGCUGGUUUACUGAACCCGACACUCUUGGUUUAUUGCAGUAUAACUUGCAACAUUUGACGGAGCGCCAUCUCUUUUUGUCCAGGCGAGGGCAGUAUAUUGCCGUGGAUCGCCACGGCAACACAAAAAUCAUAAACCCGACUCUGAAAGAAAUGUUUUGCUCGAACAUAGAUAAUUUCUGUAACAAAGUUGCGAAAUGUGAAGUGACAGAGUUUCAGUUGUUCAGGAAAAUGGUUGAAAUUGAGUUAAAAAUUAAAGAGGAUUUUACAAAAGAUUCAGCCACAGUGGUUGAUGAUGACGAACAAAGUUUGGAAAAUGAUUUUGCAAAUAAUUUAUUGAAACAUUUAUAACCUUAAAAUGUUUUAAUAACUUACCUUCUGUUUUUGUCAUUUCAGCUUUAAAAAAAUUGUGUAUUUCUAAAACAUUUUUUGUGGGAAUCUUAUUUAUUCCCCAAAACUAUCACAUUGUGUCUUACUUUAUUCAAAUUACAAUUUAAUAUUUUUUUCACAAAA